AUGGUUUAUCUCGGGCUCUCCGGUAGAGGCCUACUGUCUGCCAUUACCUGCUCUGCAGGAAUGGGCUUUAUUAUCUUCGGGUACGACGAUGGAGUUAUUGGGGGACUCCUGACAGCCAAUGCCUUCACGGACACAUUCCAUCUCAGUUCGUCAAUGGAAGGCACGGUGACGGCGCUAUUUGUGAUCGGCUGUCUGGUCGGCUGUCUCUGCACCGCUCUCAGUGGUGGCCGAUGGGGUCGGUUGACGGUCGCCCAGGUCGGUUCAGGCGUUCUCAGUCUUGGUGCGAUUCUGCAGGCAUCCAGCUACACUGUCUCGCAGUUGAUUGUAGGUCGGAUCGUGGCCGGACUGGGGCUGGGGCUGAUUACCAGCAACCUGCCGGUCUGGCAGUCCGAAACGGCGACACGAGACAAGCGCGGCAUGUUGGUUGCCGUGUCGCUGAGUUUCUUGAUUCUGGGCCAGGUGCUAGCGUACUGGAUUGACUAUGCCAUGUCUGCGUAUAUGAGCAGCGCCUCCUGGCGUUUCCCCAUGGCCUUUCAAGCAUUUUUGGGAAUUUGCUUGAAUGUCAUGCUGCUUUUCAUGCCCGAGUCGCCUCGUUGGCUUUUCCAGCACGGUCGUCACCAGGAAGCCACCGAUAUCCUCCGCCUGCUGCGAUCUUCUCAUGGCGUCGUGGAUGAGACUGCCUUAGCCAACACCGUGGCAGAAAUCCAGGAUGCUCUUGCGAUUGAAAGCGAGCAGAAAGGCUGGAUGGACCUGCUUCGCGACGACCACGUCCGCUCUCGCCGUCGGGUGGGCCUCGCAUGUCUGCUCAAUGCGUGUCAAGCGUGGAGUGGUAGCACGCCCAUUAGCUAUUAUACAACUGUCAUUUUUGAGGACUCGGUCGGAUUUUCUCGUCAUUUGGCCCUGCUCAUGUCCGGGUUUCUCCAAAUCUGGUUCCUGUUUGCCUCCUUUGGGACGUGGUAUUCCAUUGAAAAGCUCGGUCGACGACGUUCGUUCAUGAUAUCGGCCAUUGGAAUGGCGGCCGUGAUGGUGGUGUUGGCAGCAAUGCUGGCCAUCGAUACCCAGGUUUCCGGAAUCGUGGCUGUCGUGAUGCUAUUCGCAUACCAAGCUUUCUACACCUGGGGGUUUAUGGGCGGUCUCUGGUGUUAUGGACCGGAGAUACUCCCCUUGGCCCAUCGAUCCAAAGGGAUUGGUCUUGCCACAGCCUUUUUGUGGCUCUCCACCUUUGUUGUGAUUGAAAUAGUUCCGUCAGCGAUAGAUAACAUUCACUGGAAGACAUACAUCAUCUUCGCUGCUUUCAAUCUUGCGUUCGUCCCGAUGAUCUACUUCCUGUACCCCGAGACGGCUGGUUUCAGCUUGGAGGCUGUGGACCUAACCUUCAUGGACCGGAGCAUGUCUCCGGUGAAAAAAGCAGACGAGCUGUGGAAACGGAUGAGACAGGGGCAGGACGUGACCUUGACCGGAUAUGUGGAUAGGAAGGAGGGGGAUGUGCAUGCAGACCACAUCGAGACGGCAUGA